AUGAACUGCACCCUGCCAGACAAAGUGCUGCUGCUCAGCUACGUGAUGGAUGGAAAGCGGGACAGGUUGUGCCUUCAGCCUCUUUGGGACUUUGUCACAGCAAAGGAGCCACUGAUCAAGUCACCUUUUUUCCCAGUACUGUUUUCUUUUACAGCAUACAUGGCUUUCUGUCUUCCAUAUAUUGCACUGGACUUUUUAAGCACUAGACUACCAAACUUGAGAAAAUACAAAAUCCAGCCACAGAACUAUCCAACUCUUGGAAUGAUGGUGCCUUGCAUUAUUCAAAGUGUGUAUCACCAUGUUGUUUUUAUCUUCCCAGUGACUUUUCUCCACUGGUACUGGAAACCAAUGAAUCUACCAGUGAGAGCUCCAGAGCUGUCUGAGGUCCUGCUGGAAGUAGGAGUUUGCCUGCUUCUGUUUGAUUUUGAGUACUUUCUGUGGCAUUUGAUUCAUCACAAGGUGCCUUGGCUCUACAAGACCUUCCACAAGGUGCAUCACAAGCAUGUGUCAACAUUUGCUCUUACUACACAAUAUUCCAGUGUAUGGGAAUUGCUUUCAUUGGGAUUUUUUGCUGCUAUCAACCCAGUACUCCUCGGAUGCCAUCCUUUGACAGAAAUGAUUUUCUUUCUUGUAAACAUUUGGUUGUCAGUAGAGGACCAUUCAGGAUACGACCUUCCGUGGUCAACUCACCGACUUGUGCCUUUUGGUUUGUAUGGAGGAGCACCACAUCAUGAUCUUCAUCAUCUGAAAUUCAAAUCAAACUAUGCUCCUUACUUCACCCACUGGGACAAAGUCUUUGGGACAUUCACAGAGUCACAUUCUAAUUAAGGAUAUUUAC